AUGUCAAGUCGACAACGAGAGGCCGAAAAGGGUCUACACGACCAGACGGAGAUAUUGCCCAAGGCAAAGCUUCUCAUUGUGAUUUCCGCUCUCUCGUUGACGCUUCUCAUCACCUUUAUUGACCAAAAUGGCAUCGGUGUCACGCUACCCACCAUCGCCGAGGACCUCGACGCGGCCAAUACCAUUUCCUGGGCGGGCACGUCGUCCCUGAUCGCCAACACGACGUCGUCUACCCUGUGUGCCGUGGGCCUGCUGUCCAUUGCGGCGCUCCUGUGCGGUCUCUCCCGGAACGCCGCCAUGUUCUACGUCUUUCGGGGCGUCGCGGGCAUUGGCGGCGGCGGCGUCACCAACCUGUCCAUGAUUAUCCUGUCCGACAUUGUGACCCUGGAGCAGCGCGGCAAGUAUCAGGGCAUCAUUGGCGCCUUUGUCGGGCUCGGCAACGUGUGCGGCCCCUUUCUCGCCGCCGGCUUCAUCUCGCGGACCACGUGGCGCGCCUUCUUUUGGAUGAUCUCGCCCCUGGCGGCCCUCGUGGGCGCCGUGGCCUGGUGGUUGCUGCCCACCAAGGCCCCGGCGGCCGGGUUUCAGGAGAGCGUCAAGAAGAUUGACUAUGCUGGCGUCUUGACCUCGUCCAUUGGCGUCAUCUUUAUCUUGAUUCCAAUCAGUGGCGGUGGCUCGUAUUUUCCCUGGGAGUCCCCCCUGGUGAUCAGCAUGCUGACCAUUGGCGGCUUGUCUUUUGUCCUUUUCAUCUUGGUGGAGUGGAAGUUUGCCAAGCUCCCAAUGAUGCCGUUGAUGAUUUUCAAGAAUCCAGUAAUAAGGGUAAUGCUUUGCCAGAGCUUCCUGUUUGGUGCCGUCUACCAAUCCUACCUGUACUAUCUACCCUUGUACUUUCAAAACGUCAAGGGAUACUCUGUCAUUGUUUCAGCCGCUUUUACCGCCUGCCUGGUUUCCUUCCAGGCCAGCUUUUCGAUUCUUGCCGGACAGUAUAUCUCAAGAAUGAAACGGUACGGAGAGAUCAUCUGGGUUGGCUUUGGAUCCUGGACUCUCGGAUCCGGGCUCAUGCUUUACUACAAGCGUGACACGCCGCCGGGCCUGAUUGUCAUCCCUUUGAUCUUUGUCGGCAUCGGAGUGGGCUUCAUCUUCCAGCCCACGCUGGUUGCGUUCCAGGCGCACGUACCCAAGUCCAAGCGGGCCGUCAUUGUAUCGAACCGAAACUUCUUCCGAUGUGCGGGAGGCGCCUGCGGACUGGCCAUUUCGGCCGCCGUCUUGCAAGCUGCGCUGCGGGCCAAUUUGCCCGCCGAGUACAGCUAUCUCGCCGAGGACACGUAUUCGUUGCCGAAACUCGAAGGACCGGGCUACGACGCUGUCCUCGAUGCUUACAUGGCCGCCAGCCGUGCCGUGUUCAUCUUGCAGGUGCCUCUGAUUGGCACUUGUCUGCUUGGGUGUUUCUUUGUUCGCGACCGGGGAUUGCAACCUCCAAAGGAGCCAGGUGAAGAUAGCAGUGCUGAUACAUCCGCACAGGUCACUGUGCAACAGCAAGAACCGGACGCGGCCGCCGAGGAAGGAAAGGUUGCGCACGAACCGAAAGAAGCCUUUGUUGGUAAAGACAUGUCCACGACCAAGAUAUGA